AUGAAAACUGAAACAGAAAGAUACAAAACUCAAACCUUUGGUUCAAAACCAUGGACCGAGGGGGAAGACCAAACCCUUCUAAACGCUCUCGCUCGUCAUAGUGACGACUGGGAACUCAUAGCCAAGCAAUAUUUCCCAAGAGUGCGCACUCCUGCUGACCUGAUAAGUAGAUAUGAUUGGCUUCUCGCUCUUGACAUAGCCGCAGACGCCCCCCCUUCGUGCGCUAAGUGGAGCGAGAAAGAAACGCAAGCGCUUUGUGCUGCUGUACAAAUACAUGGCCCAGACUGGGGCUACAUUACAAACACUAUAUUCCAAGCACGUCGGACUGAGAACGCUGUACGUAAUAAAUGGUCUAAAAUUUCUUCCAAAAAAUCUGCCCCUCCUAGAAUAAACGCGAGCAAAUGGACCGAAGAGGAGAUCAAAACACUUAUUGUUGCGGUCAGCAGAGUCGGCACAGAUUGGGAUUUAAUAUCGCGCGAGUAUUUUCAUUCAGUACGAGGUCCACAUUCUUUGAUGGAAAGAUGGGAAAAGAUUUUAAAUAAAUUUAAGGUAAAUCUUGAUUGCAAUUUGUUGCAGACAUCUAAAGCGAAGGCCAUUGCACGGAAGCUACUUGAGUGUGUUGGCUAUAGUGAGAUUAAACCACUUUCAGACAACCAAAAAAAGAAGAUUGUAAUGGCAGACAAGUCAAAAGUGACUGAAUCAUCAAUGAAGCCUUCUGCUUCGACGAAAUGGACAGACAACGAUAUCAAGAAACUUCGCGCAGCAGUUAAAAAACAUGGAACAGUGUGGGCCGCAAUUGUCCACGAAUAUUUUCCGUCCAGAACUCCCGAAGCAGUCCGAAAAAGAUGGGAGAUGCUACUCAGAGAACGAAAAAAGGCUAAGGCUGAUAUGACCAGUAAACCUCCGCUGAGAGUGACUAGACAUUCUUGGAAACCAGCCGAGAUCAGAAAAUUACGUGCAGCCGUGGCGAAACACGGUGAAAAUGAAUGGCAACUUAUUUCAACAAAGUAUUUUAACUCUGUGCGAAGUCCAGAGGCGACUAAGCGUAAGUGGCGCGAAGUUCUACAAACAAAUGUAGAUUUGAGCGAUUCUACGGACGGUAGUGUACUGUCCCCAUCCAGUGAUAACGAUACGUCUUCCGACUUCUCGAUCUCUUCGCAGAGACCCUGGACGGAGGCAGACAGUGAGAUACUUCGUGUCGGAGUCGCCCAUGUCGGCACAGAUUGGAAGCGCCUUGCUCAUGACUUCUUUUACAACAACAAGACACCUAACAUCCUUAGUCGUCGAUGGAAUCUGAUUAAGAAUAGGUUUCCAAAGAGAUUAAACAAGGCUGUCCAGACUGAUUCAGUUCGCCCUCGAAGAGCUUCUAUCUCAUCCGAACAGCCCAAGUCUGUCAGUCGCUGGAGGGCUUGGACAGAAGAUGAGAUAAAGAACUUAUACAUAGGGAUCCGCAGAUACGGAAUUGAUUGGGCGAAGAUCGCGGACAAAGUUUUUCAAAAGUCGAGAAGUGCAGGUGCUCUCUAUUGCAAAUGGUCUUCUCUUGAAAAUCCUCCCCCUGCAAAAAAGGCCAAGUCAAUAACAAAGAAGAAGAUAAGCAAGACGGAGCACAUUACAAAGAAGACAACUGACCGAUUAUUGCCGAAAAAACCCUUAAUUGUGGAAGAUCUGUGGACAGAUAUGGAACUAACAAAGUUAAGAGAAGGUGUCCAGAAUUUUAGAGAUGACUGGGAUACUAUUGCCGAAAAUGUCUUUCAAGGAACGCGAUCACCUGAAACUCUAUGCAGUACAUGGAAUGCAUUACAAACUGAUGCUCUGGCUAAGCCAUGGACUGAAGAGGAAAUUGAGAAGUUACGUGCUGGUUUCCAGAAAUAUGAAGCUGAUUGGUCGCGUAUCGCUGAAGAUCACUUUAAUGGUUCGAGGACUCCUGUAGCUGUCAAUCGUUGUUGGGAACUUCUUAGGGAUAAGGGUGUAGUCGCAGGAAGUCCGACUCGCGCUAAUAGAUGGACAGAAGAAGAAAUGAAGUUACUUGUGAAAGUUAGCGAUGAAUGCAAGCAGGACUGGGAGCUGAUUUCGCAAAAAUUUUUCCAAUCAAAGCGCACAUCUGAGGCGCUAAAACGCAAAUACUUUAAUCUGAUGAAAUCAAACGAAGCAGACGAAACGUACCACAUGCCAUGGUCCUCUGAAGAUCACCAAACACUUCUGGAUGCUGUGGAAAAACAUGGGAUAGAUUGGGAAUUUAUCUCUAGACGCUACUUCAAUGGUGCCAGAACCGCCCGUACUCUCAGACGUAGAUACAUUGUGAUUAUGCAAAAGACCAGUCCGGAUGCUGGCGAAGUAUGGUCACUGAAUUUACGAAGUGGUACGAAGCGCUGGUCUUCUGCUGAAACCGAAAAGCUUCAUGAAGCCUUUGCGAUGCAUGGAGACAAAUGGGAUUAUAUCUCACAUAAUUAUUUUUCCUCCAAGAGGUCUGCGGACUAUCUCCGCUUGAAGUGGGAAGAAAUAAAGCCCAAGAUUUCUGGACCUUCAAGUGGACGCAAAUGUGAAAAGAUGCUUGAAACAACGAUCAAAAAAUCCAAUAAGAACGAGAAACGCGUUGAAAAUGGACAGCCAAGCCUUCCAAUUACUGCUCAUACUAGUGGGCAUAGUGGAAAUAAAUGGACAGAAGCUGAAACUCGAAUACUACUCAAGGCGGUUACUCAACACGGUCCCAACUGGCGUACUAUUUCGCGUGAAGUGUUUGGGUCAAAGAGGACAAUUUUUGGUUUGAAGGCAAGAUGGAAACGUAUAUGUCAAGAUCGAUGUAAGAAUGUAACUGUGAAGGAGGAAGGUGAAAAAUGUUCUGAUAAGGAACGUAAACUUGACAAACAAAAAUUACGAGAUAAUUUGCGCUCGACAAUCCGCGGAUAUAACGCGAAGACUCGUUUGAAUCGUCGAGGCGUCAAGCUAGCCAAACGUGUCCGUCGAGUGGGUGAAAAGUGGACUGAGAAAGAGACCGUGAAACUUUGGGAAGCUGUCACGAUUCAUGGGUUGAAAUGGAAGAAAAUUGCACGCGAAUACUUUAAUUGUGAACGCCGACCGGCAGCACUUGAGGGGCGUUGGUAUCGCACCAGAUCGAGAAUGAGGCAAACAGUACCUGUGACAACAACCAUAGGCAGUAAUUUAAAUGUAAUCUUGACUCAGAAGCCUCCUUCAUGGACUGAAGCUGACACCGAGCGGCUUCGCACGGGCGUUAGGAAAUUCGGUAAGAAGUGGCAACUUCUCGCGCAAAAAUGCUUUCCAUCCAGGACACCGUCGUCGCUCGAGAAGCGAUGGAUGCAUAUCCGCGGAGAUGAUCCUCAGGCGGAGGAAGAAGACAUCGAACCGGAUUAUGAUGACGAGGACCUCCCUGUUGAAUCGACCGUAAGUGAAGAAGUAAAUAAUCUGUCAUGCGAUAGUGGAACAGAACUCGAGUUGGUAGAGGAUGAGAUUGAAACUGAGGAAGAAGAUGUCGGAAUGGCAAGCCAUCCAUUAGAAAGUGAGCAAAGAAACCCGCUCUCUGACGGUAAUCAGCAGAGAAGUUCAAUUUGCUAUCGCCCACUCCAAAUGAGCUCAGCAUGUCAAUUGUAA